GGAGACUCAAGGCUUGGGGCGGGAAACUCACGUGCUUUUCGGAGUUGCUGGGGAGGUCGUAGGGAUUCCCAAAACCUUCCAAGAUUGGAGAAAAAAAGGACGGGAACAAGGGUCGCACCGGGGAGAGGCUCCAACCAUCGUUUGUUAAGAUAACGGCAUCUUUGCUGCCAGGGGCGUGGGCCGCGGGGAGCUGAGUGUGGAAUUGGGGGCGCCCCCCCCGUUUAUGGGGAGCAAUGAUGCUGCCCAAACCUGGGAUCUAUUACUUCCCCUGGGAGGUCAGUGCCGGCCAAGUUCCUGAUGGGGACACACUGAGAACGUUCGGCAGGUUGUACAGCUACGACAUGACGAAGUCCCGAGUGACCCUGAUGGCUCAGCACAGAUCUGACCAGCACCCGGUCCUUGUCUGUACCAAGUUGGUGGAACCGUUCCAAGCCCAGGUGGGCUCCCUCUACAUGGUCCUUGGGGAGCUGGAGCACCAGAAGGAUGGAGGCUGCGUGGUGAAGGCCCGGGUGCUGACUUGUGUGGAAGGAAUGAAUCUCCCCUUGUUAGAACAAGCCAUCCGGGAGCAGAGGCUGUACCAGCGAGAGAGGGACAGCAGCCAGUAGAGAGCAAAGCGGCAGCUCCUGGCAAACCGCCCCCUCCCCACCCCACCCCCACUCCCCCCGCCCCCGCGCUGGAGCUGCUGCCGACAAGAUGCAGGAGCUUCCUGGAGAGAAGAGGGGAGGGGUUGUUCAUCGGGAUUGCCCCAGAAAUGGGAGCCUAGAUAUCAGAGGCCGGGCUCUGGGGCCCUGGGGGCUCGGUCCCGUGUCGGUCCUGGAGGGUUGCAGAAGGUCCUCGUGAAUAAAGCCAUGUGGUGUGACGGAGCAGUGCAUGCAC